AGUUUGGUUGCGACAAUGCAGUGCAUUUUCUCGUCCUUCCGUACUUCCGCAAAGACGAAGUCAAAGUUUUGAACUCUACAAAAUGCCUAAAUCUUAUUAACGGUAGGCAUAGUCUUGGUGAAUAGAUGCAUUUUCGGAACUUCCAGAGGCCCAAAUUUGAAUAGGUGACUUGUAACAUACAUGGGAUUCAUAGAAAGCGAUUGAAAUCAUAUAGAUCCAUUCAUUCUGGUUUCAUCCUUCAGCAAUGGCUCAGAUACAUUUCUUCAGGAUGAAUUGGAUGCUGCCUGUUCUUACUUUUCUCAUCUUUCUGACCCAGACCAUCUACUCAGCUCCACUCUCCUCGUACCUGGUAUCAUCCUUUACUCAUCCUGAUGCUGACUCCGACCUACCAUUCAACCACAUCACCAUCAACAACAUCACCGGAGAUGUUUAUAUCGGAGCACAGGAGAGACUCUAUCAACUCAACUCAGACCUUACUCUCAAACACACAGUAGAUACCGGAUCGUGUCGUUCUCCAAAUGAAGAUAAUACCAAUAAUAAUAGACUUCUGGUGGUAGCUCCGUCACCUGAGGAUAUGCUCAUCACAUGCGGUGGGUGUGACGGUUUCUGUGAGACAAGAAACUUGACUAAUAUAUCACAUGAUGUAGAGAGAUAUGACUCUACUGAUACUCAGGAAGUGGUGACCACAUCAGAUGCACCUGAUGUUGGAGCUGUAGUAUUGGGUGCAGACUAUCAAGAAGAUGGAGUUAGUACUGCAGAUGGUGGAUUGUACUUAUUUACUGGGAUCAGUGAUGCAGUGGCAAAUUUACCAUCUAUCUCAAAGCACAAUCUUAUUGACUUCAGUAAAGGCCAACAGGUAUUAGGACCUCAAUCCUCUUCCCCGCAAAACAUUUUCAAACAUUUGAUCCCCUUCAUGGAAAACCUCUACUAUUUCAUGUCUCGGGGAAGAAACAAUCAGAACAGUGCAUACUUAGGACGGUUGUGUCGUAAUUCACUAGACUCGGAAUUUGCAUCCUACACAGAGAUACAACUACAGUGUGGAUCUCACAAUGAGAUCCAGUCAGGUCAUAUAGGAGCAGCAGGAUCCCAGCUAGCUGAUUCCUUCAGCAUGGAGAGUACUGAUGAUCUUCUGUAUGCUGUAUUUGGUAGAGAUGGAUCAUCCGCUCUAUGCAUCUAUAAGAUGAGUGAUGUAGAGCAGAGCUUUUACGAUGCUGUGAAGGGAUGUAUGCAGACGGAUGACCCUACUGAAUAUAACAACAACUAUCUUUCAGGCAGUGUUUGUAGCACAAUUAACAUAGAACCACCCGAUUCAGUUCUAUGUACAGCUUUAAAUAAAGAUGAUGGUGCUGCGUAUCUGUACUACCAGUAUGCCAGUGGAGUAAAUGAUAGCUCUGCAUCUCUCACCAUCCCUCUUGGUGCUGCAUCUCCCACCUCCAUUGUAACAACCAUAGAGAGACAUCAUACUGUUGCAUUCAUAGGAGAUACGCAAGGAAACCUUCAAAAGGUGAAUAUUGUUAACAGCACAUUUGGCUAUGUCUAUGAGACAGUUCCUCUUGGAAGUGGGUCUGUUUUACAAGAGCUGUUUCUUGAUGAAUCUACAGAGCAGAUAACAUUAGCCACAACUUCAGAUCAAGGCUCACAGGUUCUUAAAUUGAAUUUGACAAACUGUGGCGAAUACCAAACCUGUGAUGAGUGCAUUGGUGGCAAAGGAGGAAACGAUGGAGACCCUUACUGUGGAUGGUGUACUUUAGAAAAAAGGUGCACAAGAUAUGAGGCAUGCGAUAUGCCUGAGCAACCAUCACGAUGGUUAUCAUACAAUGCUUUACAGUGUGUUUCCAUCUCUGUACAGCCAGAUAAUCUUCCUUAUAAUCGAACGGACCAGCAGAUUACCAUUACAGUACAACAGCUCCCAGAUCUUCAGGACCCCUUCCAAUACAAGUGUGCCUUUGGUACCUAUGAGGUCGAUGCUGCUACAUCUGGUGAUACUCUCACCUGCACAUCUCCUCCUGAAAACGAAGUACCUACAAUUCCUGUUGGAUUAUACUUUGUGUCAGUGGAUCUAUCAAUUGUGUCAACUGAAACGAAAGCCAAAUUUGUGACCACAGAAUUCUCCUUUUUUGACUGCAGUCACAUCAGAUCAUGUUCAGCCUGUGUCAGAGUUGAAUUUCCAUGUGACUGGUGUGUGUAUGACAACAAAUGUACAGAUGAUAGCAGCUCAGAAUGUCAGACAGGAGAUACAGUCAUCAUUGGAGACAAUAAUCCUGUUGGUACUGGAAAUCAAGGACAGGAAUUUUGUCCCCAGCUGCUUGGAGCAACUAAAUCCUUUCUGAUCCCAGUUAACAUUCCUACUGGUUUCUCACUGUCUGCAAAGAAUCUUCCUACAGAUCCGUCUCAGGGCCUACAAAGAUAUGAGUGCAUCCUUGACAUUGAAGGAGAAGAAGCGAGGGUUGCCAGUGCUGAAUUUAAUGAAACCUACAUUCUUUGCAAUGAUAGGGAGUACAUGUACAAUGAAAAUACUCUCCAGAAGAACAUCAGUGUCUCUGUACAGUGGAACGGUCAAAACAUGAUAGAUGACCAUUCAUAUUCAUAUGUCACCCUUUAUAAGUGUUCUGUUAAUGGUGGAAGUUGCAGUCGAUGUCUUUCCCAAGAAGCUACUCCAUCUGUCUUGAACUGUGGUUGGUGCAGUGAUGACUGCAAUGUCAUUCAGAGUGAAGUUUGCCGGAAUAAUGUGUUUCUAUAUCAGAAUGAGACGCAGCAAUGUUCAGCGCCAGUUAUAACUGAAUUCAAUCCAAUGUCAGGUCCAAUUGGUGGGCGUACCAGGUUAGAAGUCAUCGGAACUGAUAUAGGUGUGGUAUUUGAGGACGUUCUUCGAAUUCAUAUUCAAGACUUGGAAUGUAAUAAGACUGGCAUGGAUGGAUAUUACCAGGCAGGACAGAGUGUAAGUUGCAUGACAAGUAUAUCGACUAAAGUAUUAUCAGGACCCAUUGGAAUCACUGUGAUGUCAGGUAAUGGAAAUAAGACCGGGCAAAGUACUCAAGAUUUUCAGUAUAGGGAUCCUGCGUUAACAGGGUUUUACCCUAUUGAAGGUCCAGUGGCAGGGGGUACAGAAGUCACAAUAAGUGGGGAGAACUUGGACACUGGAAGGGAUAUUACUGCAAGAUUCGGUGAUGCAGAUUGCAAAGUAAUCAAUGUCAAAGGGACUUCUGCAAUCUGCAUGACAAGUGAAAUAUCUGAGAAUAACCAAGUUUCUGAAACGUUAACGAUGGCGUUUGAUGGAGUAGAAAGAGAAUUCAAUGGUUACCAGUUCACCUACAUGCCAAAUCCGAUAAUUGAUGACAUUGAUACCACAGCAACGAUCAUGGCAGGAGGUCUUGAUAUCAUACUAACUGGUGACAGAUUUGAUCUCAUCCAAGAACCCCUGAUAGUAGUUACAUCUCUUGCUACCAAUGCUAGCAAUAGCGAGCUGUGCAACGGAACUGCCACCAUUCUAAUAUGUCCCACACCAAGUUUUCCUGAUAACGAUUCUAGUUCGACCAGAAAGAGAAGAGCACCAGAUUCAAUGACAGCCAGCCUAACCUUUGACUUUGAUGGUUACAUCAUCGAUGGCGGUACAAUAGAAUACUUCCCAGAUCCUGUGUAUUACAGCUUCAGUGAAGACAGUGCAGUAUAUAGCAGUAAAAACCAGCGACUUGAAAUUAAUGGCAUGAAUUUAGACUUGGCGAGUACAGAAGAUGAUGUGCAAGUUUUCUUAGGACCUGAUGGGGAGUGCAAUGUUGAUUUUCUUGAGGUUGAUAUCCUGGGUUGUCAGCUACCAGAAACCCAACCUCAACCAGGAUACAUCAAUGGAACGCUGGGUGCCGGAGGUGCAAGGAGUCUUCCCGCUGUAACAGUAAAGCAUGGGAAUCUUAUUUUUUACCCUGGCUUUGUAAGAUACGCAUCAAGUUCCGGACCCCCAGUUGGAAUCAUAGUUGGAGUUUCUGUUGGGUCUCUGGUGCUAAUCCUCAUUGUCAUGGGUGUCGUUGGAAAGAUCUUGGUCAAACGAAGACAAAAAGCUAUUGAUGAACAAGUCGAAGAGUUGGAACUUCUUGAGAAAAAGAUUCAGAAUCGUGCAGAAGAAGCGUACCACAACUUGCAGGUUGAUAUGACAGAAGUUGAAGAUCAGGUUCGAGAUCUUGGUAUCCCAUUUGUAAACACCCAAGAUUACGCCAGAAACAUGCUUUUCGCUGGUCUAGACAUCCUCCCUGCUACAUCUGAUCCAGAGUACAUGGAUCAAGAUCUUGAACGAGCUAUGAUCACAUUCUCUAGGCAGCUAAACAACCCUGAUUUCCUUAUCAAAUACAUUGAAGAGUUAGAAGAAAGGAGGAAAACGCAUAGAAGAGACAGAGUCAACAUUGCAUCAUUGAUUACAGUUGUUCUGGUGUCUGAAGGGAAAUUUGAUUACUUCACCAUGAUCCUCAAGAGAUUGUUAGAAAGCCAGAUCAGUGAGGCAGCAGAUACUGGCAGACAACUUAAGUCUCUCUUCCGGAGGACUGAAACAAUUGUUGAGAAGCUACUUGCCAAUUGGCUGUCUCUCUGUAUGUACCACUAUCUGAAGAAAAAUGUUGCUAAGGAACUGUACCUGUUGUACCAGUCGAUCAAGAUCCAAGUAGAGAAAGGGCCCAUUGACAUCAUCACUGGGCAGUCAUAUUUCUCACUCAACUUUGACCGUCUCCUUGAAGAAGACGUUCCGUUUGAAGAAAUGACACUGUCUGUUCUUGGAGCCAAUGGGGAGCAUGAGUACUAUGUGAAGGUCUUGAGCACAGACUGCAUCACUCAAACCAAACAGAAGAUACUGGAUGCAGCUUACAGAAGACAACACUUUGUCAAGCAGAGUAGAGCCCAUGAAUUGGAUCUAAUGUGGUACCAUCCUGGUGGAGAACAGAGAAUCUUACGAGAUCAGGAUGAAUACAACACACCCAGAGAUAGAUCCGUGAUCGUUCAAGUCAAUACGCUCCAGAGUGUUGGGGUGACCAGUGAUUGUCGGAUGGCACUGAUCAAUAAGGUUGCCAACCUUGAAGAAGACAAAGGAAACUAUACACCAGUAUCACCUGGAUCAAAGUCAUUUUACAUUUAUGAUCAUAAAGAGAACAGUGAUGUGAGGAACAGAGACUACACCAGAGUACAGACCCAGUUAGAAACAGGUUUCCAAAUCGCUCAUCUGAUCCCAGAAGAUCAGUUACAGGCCAAUGGUAAUCCAUCCAGGACCAAACUCGACAAGGAGUUCUCUGCACCUCAUUUGCUUGUGACAAAGAAAACUAUUGAGCCAUUCCUGAACGAGUUCUUGAAAACGUUAUUUGAGGACCCAGCACAAACGCCAGUUACCAUUAGGAAUCUCUUUGCUUUCUAUGAUAAAAUGGCUUCUACGUACUGCACUGAUAACCCUCAAGACUAUUCAGAAGCCUGGAAGAGUAACAGCCUUCCUCAGCAUUACUGGGUUACUACUCUGACUCAUCCUGGAUACAUCUUUGACAUGCGUCAAUCAAGAUCUGCCGAUCAAAGUGUUUCGGUCUUGGCUAACAUGCUAGACAAUGCAUGUAAGAAGAUCAUACCAGAAAAGAACCAGGACUCCUCCCUGAACCGAGUACUGUUUGUUAAGGAUCUACCAAAGUACAUCAAAACUAUCAGUGAUUACUAUGCGAGCCUGGCUGCCCUUCCUGUACCUACAUCAUCCGAGAUGCAGGGUGAAUACAGAAGACUUGGAGAGGAAUUCUCUGGGCUUUUCAGCCGUGUUGGAACCCUGAAGUUGCUCUACGACUUCACACAUAACGAUGCUGGUGGUUUACUUGAUUCAAUUACAGAACUUUUGUGAGCCGGACCAAAUGCAGCUUCCUUCCAGUUAUCAGCUGCCGUUGUUCAUUGUUUGUAUAUUAAAGAAAGAAUAGUAACACCUCUGCUGUUAAUCGCAAAUAUUUCUUCUUUAUGCAGUAUUUAAUUCUGCCCAACUUUGGCAAAAGGAAGCAAGUGACACAUCAGUCAAAUUUGAGUUAUUGUUGUUUCUGGAACGCCAUCUGUCUGUUGCACGUUCAGGUAAAAGUUGGGGAAGAAAUUAUCGUUCUAUGGAAAGAUAUUGAAGAAAAUAUGUUGUUAAAUUGCAUUGAUGCCUAUGUAAAUGACGAACACACAUUGCUCAUUUAAAACAAAUGGUACUUUAGUAACCUGUUUCCUUUUGCCAAAGUACGGCAGUAUUGUCCUUGGGGUGUUUCACUAGGAGUUAACUGUGACCUAGGGACAUGCUUCAAAACAAACGGGCAUAUGCUAUUUAACGCAUAAUCCGAUUGAUGGAUGCGCAAUAUAGGGCGUCCCGUGCGCAUUAUCUGACCAAUGAUGCGAUGUGUUAUAUUCUGCAUGCAACUGAAAUUUAAGUGUGACUCCAAGUCAUACUUACUUGUGAAACACCUCCCCGGUCUUAUGAAUAAGCUUAAUCCACUCAAAUUCAUGCUCAUCCUCCACACCCUGAGGAGUAUUCCAUCCAAAGAAGGGCCGUGAUUGGCUGGGAUGUAUGGAAUUUGAUUAAUCGUCUCAACAGCAACACCUGCAUCUGUUUUGCAUGAAAGGAAAGUUUAAUUUGGACUUUUUUUAAUGAUACAACUUAAAGAGACAUGGACAGAAAGUUUGUUGGCCUAAUGAUCUCAUGUUUGAAUAAAGAGAGAAACAUAUAUAUUUUCACUCCUAAAAAUGGCAUAGCAAGAUAUUUGAUGAUCAAGUUUAAGCAAUUUGUUAAUUAUGGCCAUAUGUUAAAAAAAACUCAGGCUUGUCGAAGCUUUAACCAUAUUUAAAUUUAAAGAUAAUAUGACAAUUUUUCAAAUAUAUUGAAAUAAUGAAUUUAUUGUUUAUUAUGCAUUUGUCUCUUUAUGCAUUGCUAUAAAAUGAUUUAUACUGAAAUGCUUGAAAAUGACUAUGUUUAUAUGUCAUAUGAUAUCUUAAAUUCUUUCUAAUUUUGAUUAUUUUCUGCCAUUAUUUCAUUUUAUAUUUCAGUCAAUUAAGACUAUGUUCCUAUGUAUUACAAUUUCUUCUUUUUUCUUAUUUUAACUUUUGUACUUUUAUACUAUUGUUGUUUGAUGCUUUACCAGAUAUCUUAGUUAUAAGUUGAGUUCACAGCUCAAUAACAUAAAUUUUAAAGCUUCCAUGAUGAUUCUGUUUGAUAAACUCCAAUCUUCCAGUACUAAAUUUUGAUAUUUAAUAUAAAGUUGUUAUAAACAUCAAUAUUUCAUUAAUGUUCAUUGCCAACAUUUCUUUUUCUUUGGUACUUAAUACUAGUACUGUAGUCUUGACAUGCUAUACUGUAUACGUAGAAGGCCACAGCUGCUUCGUAUUUUUUCUAUAAAUAUAUAAUGCAUAUAUGUCCAUUUUUUCACAUGUGCAUAUUCCUAGGAAGUAUGAAAUUAUCAUUUAAAUUUUUAAUUGUGAUUAAUUGUGAUUAAUUUGUGUAAACAAAUUGAUAUUUUGAAAUCAUGUUAAAUUGUGACACCGACAUUAAAACCUUGAUUAUAACAAAUGUGUUCCUUAUGGCUCUAGUCAAUGAAUGGUAUGUUGACCUAUCAAGGAGUUCAAUCUAUAUUGUAUCAUGAACUGUCAUACAAUCACACUCUCAAACAACUCAAUAUUUUUUACUUUUCAUGUCAUUGUGUGUGUAUUGGGGAUUUUAAUCAUGAUUGUAUUUUCUUUUAGUGCUUUUAUGCAGUUUUUCAUGUCUUAACAAGUUACAUAUAUUGAGAUCUAUGAAUUGAUUGUAGAUGUUUGUUUUGGGAUGGAUGGGUUUACAUUUUAUACAAAUGGGAGCACCUUAUCUAUGGCAUCAAACCCUGGUAUACGUUAAGACAUCUCCAGUUCAAAGGCUUCAUGUAAUCAGACCAGAGAUUGACAAUGACUUUGUUUAACCUGGAUAUUAUAUAUCAUGUAUUUGUGUCCUUUAUUCUUGUUAGAUAUGUAACGUUUUAAUUUCUAUACAAGUGUUGCCAAAUUACCCUCACAAAGUCAUAAACUCGUUUGAUUUCAAUUUGAUUAUUGUCGAUACAUGCAUAUUCAAAACAUCCCACACAAACCUGUGAUAUUCUUUUGAGAAUGAUAGUUUGUUCAAAUCUAUUACCUACUCAAAAUUGUACCUUUUAUCUAUCACAUUUGUUUGUACAAGUCAUUACCUUUUCAUAUGCACACCACUCAAACAGAUACAGAUUGGUAAUGGGCAGUACCUAAUGGUCUCCUACAGUUAGCAGCAUUUUGUUGAUAGAUUAUUCUGUCAAACAAGUGGUUAAUGAAUAAAUAAAAGAACAAAAGGUAAUAACAUUAAAAAUUAGGGCAAUAUCAUAGCUAUGUAUAUUAGGCAGAUGUAUAUGUACUAAUUCAGUGUCUGUUGAAUGAUACUACUUGAGAAAAUUAAUCUGCUUAAUAUGGAAUUCUCUGAUUCCCAUAGACUUUGUUCACGAACCAUUUUUUAUAAGAAAGCUGGAUGCCAGUUAUAGAGCCUACCACUGAGGAUCUCAUCUGCACCCAUUCCUAUCAUGUGUAAUUCCUCAAGAGUUAUCAGUAAUGUGCUUCAAAAACAGAAACUAUUUUUGAUUUGCUUCCAGAAGUGAAUUUCAAGCAAGGAUCUUUGCAAAGUGUUCUUGAGUGAAGACUCAGGAUGAAUGCCAUAUAUAUGAAAUUGACUCAUCAGCAAGCUUCAAUAUAGUUUACAUAUAGGAAAAGUAAAUUAUGCUUUGCUGGCUUUUCAUACUUCACCGACAUGAUAGAUUUUGGGCUGUCCACCAGUUUGAAUAGAUGUUCAUUAUCUAAGAAAAUAUUUUGAUUAGAUAUUUUGUCUGCUGUUUCAUUACAGCCUCAAAUAAUAUUUAUGCAAUUUAAUAUGAGUUCAAUCUAUAUUGUAUCAUGAACUGUCAUACAAUCACACUCUCAAACAACUCAAUAUUUUUUACUUUUCAUGUCAUUGUGUGUGUAUUGGGGAUUUUAAUCAUGAUUGUAUUUUCUUUUAGUGCUCUUAUGCAGUUUUUCAUGUCUUAACAAGUUACAUAUAUUGAGAUCUAUGAAUUGAUUGUAGAUGUUUGUUUUGGGAUGGAUGGGUUUACAUUUUAUACAAAUGGGAGCACCUUAUCUAUGGCAUCAAACCCUGGUAUACGUUAAGACAUCUCCAGUUCAAAGGCUUCAUGUAAUCAGACCAGAGAUUGACAAUGACUUUGUUUAACCUGGAUAUUAUAUAUCAUGUAUUUGUGUCCUUUAUUCUUGUUAGAUAUGUAACGUUUUAAUUUCUAUACAAGUGUUGCCAAAUUACCCUCACAAAGUCAUAAACUCGUUUGAUUUCAAUUUGAUUAUUGUCGAUACAUGCAUAUUCAAAACAUCCCACACAAACCUGUGAUAUUCUUUUGAGAAUGAUAGUUUGUUCAAAUCUAUUACCUACUCAAAAUUGUACCUUUUAUCUAUCACAUUUGUUUGUACAAGUCAUUACCUUUUCAUAUGCACACCACUCAAACAGAUACAGAUUGGUAAUGGGCAGUACCUAAUGGUCUCCUACAGUUAGCAGCAUUUUGUUGAUAGAUUAUUCUGUCAAACAAGUGGUUAAUGAAUAAAUAAAAGAACAAAAGGUAAUAACAUUAAAAAUUAGGGCAAUAUCAUAGCUAUGUAUAUUAGGCAGAUGUAUAUGUACUAAUUCAGUGUCUGUUGAAUGAUACUACUUGAGAAAAUUAAUCUGCUUAAUAUGGAAUUCUCUGAUUCCCAUAGACUUUGUUCACGAACCAUUUUUUAUAAGAAAGCUGGAUGCCAGUUAUAGAGCCUACCACUGAGGAUCUCAUCUGCACCCAUUCCUAUCAUGUGUAAUUCCUCAAGAGUUAUCAGUAAUGUGCUUCAAAAACAGAAACUAUUUUUGAUUUGCUUCCAGAAGUGAAUUUCAAGCAAGGAUCUUUGCAAAGUGUUCUUGAGUGAAGACUCAGGAUGAAUGCCAUAUAUAUGAAAUUGACUCAUCAGCAAGCUUCAAUAUAGUUUACAUAUAGGAAAAGUAAAUUAUGCUUUGCUGGCUUUUCAUACUUCACCGACAUGAUAGAUUUUGGGCUGUCCACCAGUUUGAAUAGAUGUUCAUUAUCUAAGAAAAUAUUUUGAUUAGAUAUUUUGUCUGCUGUUUCAUUACAGCCUCAAAUAAUAUUUAUGCAAUUUAAUAUAACACAUUAUUGGCUCAAAAUGCAAUGCAUUUGUAAAUGUAAGAUCAUGUGUAAAAAAAGAAUUAUAAAGUGUGUUUUUUGCAAAGUGGACAAAUGAACAUUAAAUCAAUGUAAACAUGCAUGUGUGAGGGAUCUUGAUUAUUGUAUUUGUAUUGUUAUCAAGAGUGUAAUGAUUUUUUUUAUGACAGCAUUAUCUAGCUUUCAUACUUUUAAGCAAUAGAAUUAAAACAAAUAUCAUGGUUGUAUUAUAGACCAGGAUUAAAAUUCAUUGAAUCUCGGGAUUUGUUUUACUCUUCUAGUCAUAAAUGCACAUUGUUUUGCCUGACAUUGACUUGCUGAUGAAUACAUUUCUAUUAUUUUGAUAAUUUCUUAAUAGUUUGAAUGCAUAUGGGACAGAUAUGUUGAUCAUUACUUGUAAAGUAUUUUUCAAAACAUGAUAAUAUAUUAAUAUGUAAUAUUUGGUUGAUCCAAAAAUAUGCAUUACUCAGAUUUGUACAAGCUAAAUAAUCUUCCAUGCAAUUAUUUAUCUGUUUUUUUUUAUUGUGAGUAAUUUUUAUCAUUGACGCAUUUUUUAAGAAGGUUGAUUCUCUAAACUUUACAAUUGAAUAAAUGCUACUCCUAAUCGC